GUUACCUCAGGAAUCAUGCUUGCAGAUACGACAGAAUUGGCGAUGGAUGUAAACAAGAUGGCGAUGACGGAAGAAGGUCAGAUAUUGCAAUUUGUUCCAUUUGCAAGCGCCAUAGAAGUUGGUUUCUGGCACAAGCUAACAAGGAAAAAGCUUGAAGAAUUUAAACUUGAUGAUUCAGCAAGGAACAUAAUUGGAUCAUAUUCAAACAAUGGCUUUAAUGGGCUUCCAUCUCAUUUGUCUGUUGACUAUGAUUCUUUCGAGCACAGUGCAAGUGUUAUGGCUCCAAGGAACUUUCUUGUUGAAGGUUCAUUACUAAACAAAAAUACAAUGGAUGAUUUCAAAACAUGUGACAAGAAAGAAAUUAUAAAAGAAGUUUCAAAUCAAAUAUGGCAAAGUAUCCAGUCAGGUGAAGCCAUAAAGAACCCAUCACUAAUUGGAAGGUUCCUAUUGUUGACAUUUGCGGAUUUGAAAAAGUAUCAUUAUUAUUAUUGGUUUGCAUUUCCUGCAUUGAUCAUAGAGCAAAAUGCUACAGCAAAGAAACCUGUCAAAGUUAGUGAUAAAUUCUCAACUGAACAGAUUCAAAUGCUACAAAAUUCCUAUGACGAUUUAGCAAAACGUAUUGGGCAUGAUCCUGGGUAUUUUCUGGUGCAGAGAAUUGACGAUUCUAUAUCCUUAGCUGAGUUAGCAGAUUUUGACGUAUUUUUCAAAGAUACCGAUGAGGUAACUGUUGGAUUCUCAGAUCCGAGUAAUCUUGAUGAAUAUCCUGGAUGGCCUCUUCGAAAUUUCCUCGCGCUCAUAUCAUUCCACUGGGGUGCAAAAAUAAAGAAACUUGAAGUCUUGUGCUACAGAGAUAGAGUUAGAGAUGGCAAAAGAGAUGUUGGACAUAGUUUGUUGCUUGAUAUUGAAGCAUUGCCCGACUUUAGGUCCUGCACAGAUCUACCAAGAGUAGUUGGCUGGGAGAAAAAUGAAAAGCAAAAAAUGAUUCCACGAAUGGUCAAUUUAAGUGCAACGAUGGAUCCAGUGAAGCUUGCUGAAUCUGCUGUCGACCUUAAUCUCAAGCUGAUGAGAUGGCGACUGGUUCCUGAAAUCGACCUCGAGUUAAUCUCAACGACACGCUGCUUGCUUCUUGGUAGCGGCACUCUGGGAUGCAACGUAGCAAGAAAUCUUAUGGGAUGGGGAGUGAGAAAGAUAACGUUUGUAGACAAUUCGAGAAUUUCAUAUUCAAAUCCUGUUCGUCAAACGCUGUUCGAGUUUGAAGACUGCAAGAACGGGGGCAAAAAGAAGGCAAAGGCUGCUGCCGAAUCUCUGAAGAGAAUAUUCCCCGGCAUCGACACCCGUGGUAUCGAAUUGACUAUUCCUAUGCCUGGUCACUCAGUCGGGAGCUCUGAAGAUGAAAUAAAUCGUAUAAGAAAAGAUGUCGAGGCAUUGGAGACGCUGUUUGAUGAACACGAUGUUAUUUUUCUACUGAUGGACACUAGAGAGAGUAGAUGGCUGCCUACUCUUCUUGGAGCAGCAAAGCGAAAGAUUAUCAUCAAUGCAGCAUUGGGUUUCGAUACAUUCAUGGUUAUGAGGCAUGGGCUAAAGAGAGAAAGCAGUGACACUGAAUCUAGUGCAUUGGAGGUCAGCCAGAAGAAGUUGGAGAUACCUGGUGAUCGUCUCGGAUGUUACUUUUGCAGCGAUGUCGUUGCACCUGGUGAUGUAAGUAAGUCAACUAGAGAUCGAACCCUUGAUCAGCAAUGCACUGUUUCGAGGCCAGGUAUAUCAAUGAUGGCGAGUGCACUUGCUGUUGAGUUAUUGGUUUCAGUCUUGCAGCAUAAAGAAGGAGGGUACGCUGCAGCAGACACUUCUGGUUCCGAAGAUUACUUUGACAACGAUUUUGCAACCCCCCUUGGCAUGGUUCCACAUCAGAUCCGUGCUUUUAUGUCUCGAUUCCAGCUGCUGACGCCUGUUAGCUUGGCCUUUAAUUGCUGCACUGCCUGUUCAGAUAUAGUUGUAAAGGCAUACAAUGAAAAUGGGUUUGAAUUUUUGCUGAAAGUGUUCAACGUUCCAAAAUAUUUGGAGGAUUGCACAGGCCUAACGAAAUUGCAGGAAAGCACAUUAGAAACUGAGAUUAUUGAAUGGAGCGACGACGAUUUUGACGAGAAUGCUGACUAAAUUCAAGAGAAUCGUUUCAUCCAAUUUAAAUUUCUAUGGAGUAACAAGAUAGUGUGUCCACGACAUUCGAUUUAACGUAAAUUUGAACACUCGGGAUUUGAGGACAUUCUUACAAAGUAGAAUUAAAUAUAAUUUUGAAUCUCAAUAACUUAAUCGUUUUGAAUACUAUGAAGAAAUUCGUGCAGACAAGGGUUUUGGCUUCCUGAAGUGCUUCGAUUUUGCCUCCAAAUUUUAUCUCCCCUAUUUUAAACCUUCUUUUUUAUGUGCCGGAAUUUUCCUAGGCCCAUCACUUUUAACAUCGUUUUCUAAUGUUUGUGCCAGAUUUUUACGAGAUUCAUUAGAUUAUUUUGGUACUGCAAUUUUUCAUCUUAGAGCUAUGAUGUUUGUAGUAGAUUAUCACAUGACCUUUUCUCAAGUGUUGUAGAGCCAGGGGUCUCAGGGGGCUGAUCACCCUUAGCUGCA